AUGGACACACCGAUUGGACUUGAAGGAACGAUCGGAUCAGACUUUACACUUGACAAUCAAGAUGAUUUAACACAGUUUAGCCAGUUGGAGUCUAUAGGGGACUCAGAACAAGGAUCAACAACUGCACAAUUACCUGAUCCUGCUUCACUGCUGGUGCCACCAGAAGGGAAUGAAGAAACCCUACCGAAUCAAGUCAAAGAAGAUGGGCGCUCAGACAAACAAAAUGCUCUACAGCAAUCAGAUGGACCAACCGAUGUAAAUCAACCAGCUGCUGUGGGAUCUGAAAUUGAUAAAAUGGAUAUUGAUACCCUGCAAGCGGAGAUGAAUAUACCACAAUCCACAACUGAACUUGAACCAGAUUUCAAAGCAACCUCCGAUUCAGCAAUUGACAAACCUCCCACUAAUACUAUAGACGCAAAUAUUGUCAACAAGGAGGAUCCACUUGCCAAAAUAAAGCAAAUUCAACUACUUCCAGAACUAUACAGUAUCCUAUUUGAUUUCACCAACGGUAAAAUCCACCCUCGAGAUUUUGAUAAAUAUAUUGCAAAUCUACGAUCAAAACUCAAUAAUUUGAAACUGUAUAUUCUGGAAAUUGACGGUAUCGAUGUUUCUCCUGAAACAAUGAUGAAUGAAAUCAAUCAAUUGAAGGAAAAUAAUUCAAAGAAACAGAGCUUGUUGGAUUCUUUUAAAGAUAAAGUAAAAAAUGAUUUUGUAUAG